CGAAGUUGUUUGAAAAUGGCUGCUUCCACAGGGGCAGAAGUUCGAAAUGGCCUUGACAGUGAUCGAUCCCCACAUUCUUCACGCGGGAAAGGUGACCAUAGCAAGAAGAUGGAAUUGAUAAAAGAAAUACUUCAGCUAAAUACAAAAAUAAAAAAUAUGGAAAGAGAAAAGUCCACACAUCUGUACAGCAAAAGAAGUGACUUCAGAAAAGACUUCAGCCACAUAGAAGAUGCGGAUAUGAAGUUCACUAAUGAACACGCCAGUGAGAAAGUGAAAUUGAAGCAACAGCUAAAUAAGAUAAGAAGCAUGGUGAAGAAAUUUCACCAUGAGCUGCAAGAUGUAAAACCAACACCAGAAUUUGUAGAAAAAUUGAAAAUAAUAAUGGAGGACAUAGAGAAAACAAUCAGUGCAUUUAAAGAAGAACAAAGAAUACACUAUGAGGAGCUCAUGCGUGAAGAGAAAGCUACUACUCAAGAAAUUCAAGCUUUGGAGAAAAGAUUUGAGGCCUGGUCCCAAGCUGGACCUGUUAAUCUGGACACACCAAGAUCUGCACGACCCAAACCCCUAGCCAGUGCCAGGGAUGUGACCAAAGAUUUGCCUCCUGAAGUGGCAGCUUUUGAAAGAUUUCUGCAGCAAACAGGAGGUCACAGGGGAGGCUGGGAUGAAUAUGAUCACCAGACAUUCAUGAAGUUUAGAAAUAAGCACAAGGGUAAGCCUCUUUUUAUUCGUGAACUUUACCCAGCACUACCAACAAAGACAGAGCACCAAAUCAGAGAACAUGAAAACUGGUAUCAAGAAUAUUCUUCAUUAAAUGAAAAGAAGAAAGAUGCUAUUCAGUCAUGGAGAGUCAAGAAGGAACAUGAGAAAAAGGAAGUACUGGCACAGGCUGAGGAAGAGAGUGAGAGUGAAGAAGAUGAAAGGAUGUUAAAACUUCAAGAAAAAAUAGAGAAAGAGAAAGAAGAUAGAUUUAAAAAGCUUAAUGCCUGGAAGGUUCAAAAGGAGUUGGAAAGGGUACAAGAAGAGGAAAGAAAACUAAGAGAAGAUCUUGCAAAAAAAGCUGAGGAGGAAAGAGAAAAGGAACGUCAGGAAAAAUUACGAGCAAUGGUGCAGGAGUAUAAGCAGCAAAAGAAUGAAGUGGAUGAUUUUUUGAAACUGGAAGAGAUGGCUCAAAGAGAAGCAGAGGCAGAAGCUAAGAGAAAACAAUUAGCAAAGGAAUUACCAAGAUUGAAACAGAGAAAUCAAAAAAUUUUCGAGGAAAAAUUGGCAAGGGAGAAGGCAAAAGAAGAGGCUGAUAAAAAGAAGAAAGAAAGAUUGGAAAGAAUAAAAAGCCAAGUCAAAGUAGAUGUAAAGCGUGAUCCCUCUCGGUUACUUAAACCCACCGCAGGCUGGAUGGAGAGGGAAAAAAACAAGGGAUCUGAUGGGGGCGGACAGGUGCUUAGUAUGCAACACAGGGCAGUACCAUCAUGGAGACAGGGACUUCACUGAUGAUGUAUCACCGGUGUUCCUAGUGUUAACACCUCAGGGAAUAAAUAUUAACACCGAUUGCUAUAUGAAAAGGAAAAAAUUUCUUUAUUGCUUAAUAAAAUAGGAAAUAUUCCUGUUGGAUUUCAUUUAGACCCCUAAACAAGUAUAUAGAUAUAAUCAGUAGUACUUGAAAGAUACCUAUUGUAACACAUUUUGUUACAUUCCUUUAAGUAAAGAUAUCAAAACAGAAAAAUAUAACAUUUUAGUGCAUUUUUACAAUUUUGCAUUUUCAUCAACAUUCUAUUUCAAAAAUUUUUUUAAUCAUAAAAAAGGUGCAAUAUCAUUUGGUUACUGUAACAAUUAAGACGCUUUAAAAUUUUUAAGUAAAUAUAAGAAAUUGUUUCAGAAUUUUUAUUUGAUAAUAAAUGAUAUCAGG